AUGAGCAGACGUAUUCACACCAUCCUACCAUUCCUGCUGGCGGUAGCGCUCGUUUGCUCUGCCGCCGACGAGCCGGACGAUUACUUCGAGUUCACCUGUCCGAAACCGGACGGACAGUUUGAGGAUCCGUACCAGUGCGACAAGUACUACGAGUGUGAUGAUGGCCGCGUGUCGGAGAAGCUCUGCCCGGACGGGCUCGUCUUCAAUCCCGCCAGCAAGCUGGUGAACAAGUGCGACCAGGUGUUCAACGUGGAGUGCCGGGACCGGAAGGAACUGCAGCCCCCGAAACCGGUCGGUGUGUGUCCGCGCCAGAACGGAUUCUUCCCGCAUCCGGAUCCAUCGAUCUGCAACAUCUUCUUCAACUGCGUGAACGGGCGCGAGCUGGAGAUGACGUGUGUGGCCGGGUUACACUUUUACCAACCGACCGGUACCUGCGUUUGGCCCGACAUGGCAAACCGGCAGGGAUGCGGUAGCAACGCAAACAAGAAACUCAACGAUGGCUUCCAGUGUCCGAAGAACGCUCCCAAGAUGGACAAGAAUGGGCAGGUCGUCACGCACCCGAACUAUCCACAUCCGGACGACUGUCAGCGGUUCUACAUCUGUCUGAAUGGUAUCGAGCCACGGCAGGGUACUUGCGAGCAGGGCAUGGUCUAUAACGAGGAUCUCCAACGCUGCGACGAUCCAGAGAACGUCCCUGGAUGUGAGGAUUGGUACAAUGGUCCCGAGACGGACCGGGACGCGUGA